CACUGAGACCUUCCUCCUGAGACUCCAAGGACUGACCACUCUUCAAACCCAGGAUGAAGUUCUACCACUGCCCCGCCGCCGAGACCAUGGGAAUCCAACCUUACGCCCAGGAGUGUGGCGUCCCGCUCACCUGCAAACACUCCACUUCCCUGAAGAAGCUGCGCAGCGUGCACUUCCCCAACGACAUCGUCUUCCAGGACUACGUUCGACAGGGCGAGCUGGAGAGGAUCGGACGCUUCAUCAGAGCCAGGAGGGUCAGCCUGAGCACCAUCUACCUGUCUGGCAUGGCCGCCCUCCACGAGGCCGUCCUCUCAGGGAAUCUGGACUGUGUGAAGCUGCUGGUCCAACAUGGAGCCGACAUCCACCAGAGAGACGAGGAGGGCUGGACGCCGCUGCACAUGGCCUGCAGCGACGGCUUCCCACACAUCGCACGCUUCCUGCUGUCGCUCGGUGCCGACCCGACUCUGGAGAACGACUGCGGGGAAAAACCUUCGGACCUGAUCGAGCCCGACCACCUGGAGCUGCUGCAGCUCUUCGGCCUGUCCGUCAACGACUGAGCCCCGGGCCGGACGAGGGUCACCGCGCCGACCCCGGGGUCGUGGAAGUCUCGGUCCCGGUUCUGGGAGCUGCCUGAGCUCCACUGCAGGUCUCGGUCCUGGUCCUGGUCCUGGUCCAGGGUGACCUCCUGCUCCCCCUGCUGGCUCGGAGCUGCUGAACAGGCGGGUUCAGAACUGGAACAUCUGGAUCAGAACUCCAGAACCUGCUGGAUCACAUCUCCAGUCAGUCUGCUGAGCGUCUGGAACUCUGUGGAACUCAGUUUCCUGUUUCCAGUCCAAAGUGUGAAGAAACGUCUUCAGGAGUAAAAACCUCUCACAGCCACAGCGAUGCUUCUGCCAACCUGGAAAACUGAAGCUUUCAUACAGACUCCAUUCUGUUCAACGAGAAACGUCAACGCUCGUCUGUGAGCAACAGAAAACUCUUUGUUUUCGUCUCUGCAGAUAUUUUCAGCCAA